AUGCGGUCCAACCUCUUCAUAGCCAGUCUGGCUACCACCUUUGCCUCCCUGGCAACAGCUCACACAGUCCUCACCACCGUCUUCGUCAACGGCGUCAACCAAGGUGAUGGCACUUGCAUCCGCAUGUCCAAGAACCCCGACCGCGCCACCUUUCCCAUUGAAGGCAUCAACAACGCCAACAUGGCCUGCGGCCUCGAAGGCGCCACCCCCGUGGCCUUCACCUGCCCAGCACCCGCGGGCUCAACCCUCACUUUUGCCUUCCGCGAAUGGGCCGACGAGCCCACCAAGGGCGCCGGCCCCAUCGACCCCUCCCACAUUGGCUCAGUAGCAAUCUACCUCAAGCAAGUCUCCAACAUAGCCACCACAAACCCUGCCGGCGGCGGCUGGUUCAAGAUCUACUCCGACGGCUAUGACUCCUCUCGCAAGCAAUGGUCAGCAAAGAAGCUCAUCGCGGACAAGGGCCUCCUCUCCUUCUCCCUCCCCUCCGGCUUGCCAACAGGUUACUACCUCGCCCGCUCAGAAAUCCUCGCCAUCCACGACAUCUCCGGCUCAGGACCCCAAUUCUUUGUCAACUGCGCCCAGUUGUUUGUGUCGGGGUCCACCACGGGAACGGUGUCCAUUCCCUCGGAUAAAUCAGUCUCCAUCCCCGGCCAUGUCAAGUACUCUGAUCCGGGAGUUACAUACAAUGUUUAUGAAUCCAACCCUGAUACCAAACCUUACAAAGUUGUCGGGCCUGCUAUUUUCCGUCCAUCUGGUCCUGGCCCCAGCACAAACGCUAAGCAAACCGACGGUGUGAUCCCAGCGGGUUGUAUUCUCAAGAACGCGAACUGGUGCGCAAAGGAAGUGCCGGAUUAUAGCAACGAGAAUGAGUGCUGGAAGGCGAGCGAUGACUGCUGGGCGCAGUUGGAUAAAUGUUAUACUUCUGCGCCGCCGAGCGGCUCGAGGGGGUGUAAAGUCUGGCAGGAGAAGAAGUGUGACAAGAUUGUGGAUAGUUGCCGGAGUGGGGAUUGGAAGGGGCCGAGGAAUAAGGGGCAGAAGGUGGGGAGUGAGAGUGAGAGUUCGGCGCCCGUGCCGGGGAGGAUUCCCGGGGUGGGGGUUAGUCCGGGGGUGGAGGAGCCGGGGGUUGUGGUCCCUGAGCCGGAGCCGGUUGAGGGGGGUGAUGGGGGGUAUGAGGGUGGGAAUGGUGAGGGUGAGGGUGAGGGUGAGGAGGAGGAAGAAGAAGAGAAUGACCCUGCUCCUACCACGACGAGAGAAGCGGUGGUUGUGACACCUGUUCCUACUACGCUUGUUACUAGGCCUGCGACUACUACUGAGGCUGCGGCUCCGGUGACGACUGGAGGGGGAAAGAAGGGGUGUAAGAAGAGUAAGAACUAUAGGAGGAGGGCGGGGAGGGACUAG